AGAUAGAUGUAAGCCAAAAAAUGGUAUUUCUGCACCGCACGAAAUUAGAGUUACGAAAGGGGCCGUGCAUGUGGCAGUAAGCAGAGGCUUUGUUGAUUACAGUUUACAUGACCCAAGAGCACGUGACAUUUUGGCAUGGAUGGAGAAGUCUUGUUUAAUACCUGACGAGGCGUAUUUCACAACACUGAACCAUAAUCAACAUCUGGGUGUUCCGGGCUCUUAUAAAGGACACCCGGAAACUACUCGGAUAUCGGACAGAAGAAAACCGUAUCUAGCACGUUUCAAGAACAGGCUAAAAUCAAAAUUACACCACUGGACUUGUUAUGGAAAAUGGGUUAGAGAAAUGUGUAUCUUUGCAAUCCGAGAUCUACCUCUGCUGUCGACACGAAAAGAGCUCUUUGCGAAUAAGUUUCAUUUAGAUAAGGAACCUUUGACUUUCGGGUGCCUCGAGGAACUCAUUUUCAAUCGUACACGUGACGACUACCAAAAGAAACAAAUGUUUGAUGCAAGCUGGUACUCUACCUUAGGUUUUGUGUCUGACAAGGUUGAAUGAUAUCAUUUCCUGCAACUCAUAUAUAAAGACUGGAACCCGCCCGCUUAACUCGGGGAGACGUAGGGAGAGCGCAGAUUUACGGUCGUCAGUUCGAUCCCCGGGCGGGCCGUAUAUUCUACGUGACGAUUUGAUAAAAGACAAUGUAUCUGAAAUCAAUCGUCCGCCACCUCUGAUUAUGUUGGAAAGUUGGCAGCUACUUGCGAAGAACAGGUUUGUAUUGGUACAGAAUCAGGAACACUGGUUAGGUUAACUGCUCGCCGUUACAUAACUGAAAUAGAGUUGAAAAACGGCGUUAAACCAAAACAAACAAACAAAACUAAGUUUGGGUAUUGAUAAUAAUGUGACGUAAUUGAAAAUGAAAAGUAGAUUUUUGUAUCUGUAAACAGUUAUUGCAGUAUAAUUAUUUUUAUUAGUUCCCUUAUUAACACAUAUAUGUUUACUUUUGUUUUAUGUUUCUGUCACUGUAUGGUACUUAAAAUCAACAAAAUAGUACAUAUACCUCUGUCAAUACAUGCCACAUA